GCUUUAAUUUGCUAUCAUCAUCAAAUUUUAUAGUAUCACAUGUGUAAUAGUGUAAAGUUCACAACAACAACAACAGUACUGUACUGAAGAUCAUUCGCGUGCCAAAUCAUUUUUUCUGCUUUUUGCUCACAAAAAAAAAAAAUAAUUAUAUUCGGUGAGCUCUUAUAGCAACCAAAAAAACCUACACCAGAAAAUCGAUUUUGGACCUAAUUUAAAUAAUAAAAAAAGACAUAGCGCUGUGCAGAAAUCAUCAUUGAUAGUGUUGAUAAAGCGCUGUUAAAAGAAAAAUCGUCGUUUGAUAUUUUAUUGAUUCAACAUUUUCUUCUGUAAUCGAAUUUACGUCAAACAGAAGAAGAGAGAAAAAAAUCACCAACGAAAUUUGAAGAAGCAGUUAAGUGUGAAAAGUAAAAAGUCUUCAUUUGAUUGAACCAAUAGAACUGCUUAAUAGAAUAAAAGUUUUUAAUUUGAUGAUCAUAAUUAACGAUAUAAAAAAGAGCAGAAAAACAACAAAAUUCGCCGCGAAUUUAUUCGAUUUGGAUAGUUUUUGUUCCACCGAGAUUUACCGGCAAUCAACCAUCAAUGGAUCAGCAAUUUUUUUGUCUACGUUGGAAUAAUCAUCCUGCAAACUUGACUGGGGUGCUAUCUUCAUUGCUUCAACGCGAAGCUCUUUGUGAUGUUACAUUAGCUUGUGAUGGAAAAACAGUGAAGGCGCAUCAAACAAUUUUGUCAGCAUGCAGUCCAUAUUUCGAAACAAUAUUUCUCCAAAACAAUCACGCCCAUCCUAUAAUCUAUCUAAAGGAUAUACGAUACUCAGAAAUCCGUUCGUUGUUAGAUUUUAUGUAUAAGGGUGAAGUGAAUGUUGGACAGAAUUGUUUGCCAUCAUUUUUAAAAACAGCUGAAAGUCUACAGGUACGCGGGUUGACGGAUAACAACACACUGAAUUAUCGUUCGGAGACUGAUAAAGAUCGCACUGAUGCCAUAGAAAAAUUUUCAACAAGCUCUGGUAAAAGCUUCUUUGAACGCAAAACGGAUGCCGAACAUGGUGCAGAUAAUGAAAGUAAUCGAGAUCCAAAAGAAAGACGAAGUGAAGAUAAUAUUACGAUACAGGAUUUUAAAGAAUUUAAAGAUCGUGAAAGAGAUACAUCGACCACUCACGCAGACCAUAGUAGUAAUAAACGGAGACGAAAAAACUCAUCAAACUGUGAUAAUUCUUUAAUAUCAACGUACAAUACUAAUAUACAGGAAAGGCAUUACUCUCAGGACUCUCAGGCAUCUUCGCAAAGUAGCUUUAAAUUAAGUCCUUUGCCAAAAUUGAAUCAAGAAGGUGACGAAAGUCGUCGCAACUCACCAGCAAAUCAACAAUCGGUACUCAACAUUAAGCAGGAACUAAUGGAAAUGGGAACUCACCCCAAUUUGCCAAUUAGCCAGGAACUUAUUCCCCAAACUUCGUUGCCAAUUGAAUCAUUGAUGUCACCACACAACAGUAAUUUACCGAUAUCUGAAAAUACGGAAAAUGAUACGCACUCAACUCAGCUGGACCAUCCCGACAGUAUUGACGGCUCAAAGGCCUGGCACAUGCGCCUCACCUUCGAACGAUUAUCCGGCGGUUGCAAUUUACAUCGCUGCAAGUUGUGCGGGAAAGUAGUCACUCACAUACGUAAUCAUUAUCAUGUACAUUUUCCGGGCCGUUUUGAAUGUCCACUGUGUCGUGCCACCUAUACAAGAAGCGAUAACUUGCGCACACAUUGUAAAUUCAAGCAUCCAAUGUACAAUCCAGACACGCGUAAAUUUGAAAAUUUAAUGGGAACAACGUCUGAGACAUCACUUACGACAGCCGAUACACGAAAAUUUGAAAGUUUAAUGGGUUCAUCGAUAGCAUCGCAUGUUGCUGCUGCAGCCGCGGCCGCUGCUGCUGCAGCUGGUACAUUUAGUGUGGCGCAACCACAAAGUGGACCUUCCGAAUGAUAUAAUCACCUUUACGUGGACUACGGUAUCACUGAAACGCUUUCUGUAAUCGGAAAAUCCCACAAGUGCUUUGGAUACACUUUGAUUCAGAUGCCAACAAUGGAAUUUUAUAUGAAUUAAAACUAAUGAAGGGAGAGAGAGCGAAAGAGAGAGAGAAAUAAAAAGAGAGAAAUGAAUAAAAAAAACAAACAAACAAAAGAUAAAUAAAAAUGUGGUCAGCCUUUUAGAUUUUUUAUUAAUUCAUUAUUGUCGCGAACUAUCUAUAUUCCGAGCUAUCUAUUUAAGUUCUGCAAACCGUUAAUUCAAUUACCUAUACAUUUAAAAACUGACAAUUUUAAAAAUUGAUACUAAUCUGUUGAUAUUAUGCAAAAGCUAAUAUUUUUUUUGCAUUUAAAUUAUAUAAUUUGCAACGAUUUUCAGGAUUUAGAAAAUAGAUCGAAUUAUUGACAGUUCGCUAUAUAAGUAUAUAUACACGAUUUAUUAAGAUUCAUUUCAAUGAAAUCAUUAAAAACUGAACAAUAAAAAUUUAAAUUUAUCAUACUGAGAGUGACGAUUUAUGCAUUUGGUUGGAAUUGAAGGGGGGAAAGAUCCGAAAUAAAAAUCUGGAAAUAUUACAUCAUAGAACGAUUUAAGAUGAAAAAAGCUCUUCUAUUUUGUUGGAAAGAAGUAUUAUUUCUCUUGUGAUAAACAUCAUUUUGCCGUUUUGCCAUUUUGUAUUAUUCAAAAUGAAAAAAAAAUGGACCAUUUUUUGGAUUUUCUAGUGAAAUAUCAGUUUAGAAUGGAGUUUUUGUCGUUAGUUAUGUGCGAUUUAUUGCAAUACGGCAAAUCAAGAAAUGUUCUUGUGUAAACAAUGUCUUUGAUCUUUUCCCCCAGAAUUGGAAUGUGUAUACUUUAAUUAAAAUCACAAACAAAAAUGUGCAAUUAUUUAUGAAAAAAAAAAAAAUUAAUCAAUUAAUCAAAGCCAAUUAAAUAUAUCCAAAUACUCACCCAAUUCAACGAUAUAUAUAUUUUUAAAUAUUUUAUGUUUUAUGUACGCGAAUUUAAAUUAUCACCGAGACUUUUGUUCACAAAAUAACCACUAUAUUUCUUUAAAUUGUACCUAUUUUAUUUACCUGCCUUGAUUUUAUAUUGUUUUCGAAUGAAGAUAUGCGUAUUAGUUACGUUUUUGUUUUAUCCAACUCUUUUUUUUAUUACGCACACACACACAUACACAUACACACACACACCGACAUAGAUUCUCGAAGAAUGGAAGGAAUAAGGCCUACUUUAACUUGUAAAAUCUUUAUUAAAUAUUCCACAUAGUAUGUGCUACGAAACACAUUAAAGUUAAUUAAUUUUAUUAUUUAUAUCAAUAGCUUAAAAAAAUGACAAUCGCAUGGAUUUUCGAAAAUCUUGUUCACGUUUUUUUAACAAACUGAAUUCACUCUGUACACACAUUUUUAAUAUAAAUCACCUUAAGCGUGACUAUGUCCCGUUAUCUGGCUUGAACAAGAGACAAUUCGAUAGUCUAUUUUAAUUGGCAAGAGACCUAACGGAAUCUCGAUCAUUUCAUGUAGCACAUUUUUGCCGGAUUGCUUUCUCCCGAAAAAGAUGCCUUCAAAAGAAAAAUUAAACGGGACGCUUGAGAUAUAUUUUAUUUUCGCUAAAUUUAUUUUACUGUUUUUUUAGUAUUCAUUUUAAAUGUAAUAUUUAGACAGAUGCCAGUAACAGUCUCAUACGCAUUGCAUUAAAAUCCUGUUUUUUUUAAUGAGUUCAGUAGUUCUGAAGUAGCUACAUUAAAAAUUGUAAAAUUUUCAGAGUGAUAUAGUUGAUAUAAAUGUGUUGGUAAAAUAGCAAAGCUUUCAGAAUUACCUUUUCAAAUGUUGGAACAUGUCGCAUUCAUUUAUCAAUUUCUAUCAAAACUCACGCAGUUUUUUAGUUUUAUGGUCACAUUUUAAAUAAUAUUAAUCGUUUAUUUGUAACGAAUGAAGAAUCGACAUGAGAUUGGUCGUUGGCCUACUUAGCGUAAUCCAAAUAUUCGGUGUUCUUAUUGAAAAAGAAUGUAAACAGUGUUUUAUUGUGUGCAAUAUCAGAAUAUUAUCAAUUAAUGUAUUUUUUUUUAUUUAUUCUUGUUGAUUUUAAUAUAGUUAAUUUUAUAUACUUUAACGAACCAACUCAAGCGUACUUAACUCUUAUAAUAUAUCUAGAUGAUUACUUAUUUGAAUGAUAUUUUCACGCUAAUUACUGCCAAAAUCCUCAAUUCGGUGUCAUGAUGCCUGAGAGAGCCUCACUACAACUUUAUUCAGCCUUUCAUUUCCGCCUAGUCUACACAGGUCUGUUUUCCAAAAUGAAACAGUUUUACCGUCGGUCUUCAAAAACUAUGCUAGACAAAAUGAGCAAUCACUAACUCUAGCCAUUAGACAUUUUCAAAAUCCUCAUUUAAACCGAUCAAUUCAAAUAGAUUUAAUAUAUCCCCAUAGAAAUUAGUUUACCAGUUAUUUUCUUUUUAUAAUUUAUAUUUUCCAUCCACUUCAAUAUUGUUAAUGUGACAUAAUUAGGAAUGAGAACCAGCUCGACGUUAUCUUGCUCACAAUAAGAAAAUACUUGGUCACGAAAGGAACGAAAAUCAUUUGCACCGAUUUAUAUUUAUCACGGGCUUUAAGAUCUCAUUUCGAAAUAUAUAUACUUUUUUUUAACUAGAUCAGCGCAAAAAUAGUCUACCUUUACACAUAAUUCAGCAACCUCUUCAACGCAGAACAUUUUCAAUUUUGUCAUCGAAAUAUUUCUUCUCUUCGAACAUUUUGUUUGGAUAACAAAAAAGAGAGAAUACGCCAAUAAUUUCUUUAUAAAAAACGUAUCUGUUCGUUUUUUGGUUGCUUGGAUACACUUAUCCUAUUAAUGCUGCGUGCACGCACCCGCAACAUGCAAGCACAUUCAUUAUAUGGAAGACGUGCGUAUGCAGAUAUCGUGGCAGCUUUCAAUAAUAAUGUAAGCAUAUCGGAGCAAGUUUUAAAAGCAAAAAUGUAAUUCAAAUAUUAAAAAUAUAAGAAAAACCAUGGAAAUUGCUGAAUUCACCAGCGAACUUCGAUAUUGUCAGUCGACAUUUCUAUGGAUCAUUUGCGCUCCGUAUUAAUAUGCAUAGAUAUGACAUAAAUAUUUGCACAACUCUACAUUUGAGAAAUCGAAGUAUUUAAAUUUAAAAAGAAACGUACCACCACUGCCACAGUGGAUUGCCACACAUUCUGUUUCUUAGUAUCAAAUCGCAAUAUUCGAAUUAUAUAUACUUUGGCUAAGAAAUGUUCUUUAUUCUAUCUCGUUUUUUUGUGUGUAAAAAUCAACAUCUUUCCAUAAAUGGAACGCAUGCACACGCUGGUGCAAACCGAAUAUAUAAAAAAACUUCAAAGUUCAAUAAUUUUUUUUUUUUCGUAAAUCUAUUGGGGAUAAAACUUUUUUUUUCUCUUUAACUGAUUAGACUAUUUUACAAACUUUUUGACGUUAUUGUACCGUACAAAUAGUUAUGUGCAUGUCAUACACAUUUUCUGCUUCUUUUAUGUUAAACGUUUAUCCGAAUUUGCAUUUAUCUAUUUAAUUUUUGUGCAUUUAUAAAACAAAAAUGUCUAACUAAACGAUUAUUAUUUAUACGGAAAGAAUCGAUAUAACUUCUUGAUUACGAUAUGGCAUUUUUUUUAUUAAAAUCAUAUUUACAAUUGCUAUUAGUUUACGAAAGUUUUUAGUUUUUUUUUUAUUAAGUCUAAUCAGUUUUAUAAAUGUGAAUUACAACCAUUAUAACUUGAGGUGUAUACAUUGAGGUGGCUUUACGUGGAAAUGAAAAAAAAACAAACAUUUGGAGUGAUGCAAUUGCAAUUAUUAUUUACCAUGAUCUGUCUAUGAACCAUAUCGUGGACUAAAUGGACUCAAAUUUAAGCAAUUCAGAGAGGUUUCGUUGAUAUUUUUUUUUCAUAAUUCCACUGAUUGUUAAUAUCAAAAUGAGAAAUCAGUGAUCAUCAGUUUACAGAAAGAAAAUCACGUCGUUCUAUUCAAAACACUGACAAUUACAUCGGGAAUGGUACGCUUCGUACUAAUUUGUGUAUAAGCUUAUUAAACUCCAUGUUGUUUACGCAUAAAAUUGCGCACAACCUUUGUCCAUUAUACAUUAUUAUGUAUGUGAUGCAUGUUUCGAAAACUCUUUAAGAUGGGCUCUUUCUUGAAAUGACUGGUAAAUUUCCAUUUUUUUCUUUCAACUCAUUUUACUGUAUUGAAUUGUUGGGUUGGCUUUUUGAUAAAUACGAUAUGAAAAUAACCUCAUAUUUAAAAGCGAUAAUAUUCAAGGCACAAAAUGCAGGUUAAUGAACACAAAUAAAUUGUUAAGUGAACAUGUCUCAAUCCGAACUUAAUGAAAAAAAAAAACAAUGCGAAUAAAGAGUAUGAAAAAGAAACAAAAAAAGUAAUUAAACGACAAAAAAAAAAAGAAAAAAAUUAUUAGCAACACGAUUGUGAUAGUGAAUUAAUACAUUGGUGCUAUUCCAAAUGAUAAUUAAAGCAAAAAUGGACAUAGUAAAUUAACAUAGGAAUAAAUAAAACACGAUUAAUCAUGAAACGGAAAUGAAUGCCGAAUUAUCUAAGAAGAAGGACAAAAAAAAACAACAACAAUAAAAAUCUACAUCAAGAAAACAAAUCUAUAAAUGGGUAAUAGAACUUAAUGUGCAAUAUUACUUGUUUUGCAAUAUUUCAUCGUAUGAAUCUAGCUAGUAUCACAACUACGUUUAUGGUUUGAGCUUUUAUUCUCGUAUUUUUUGACAAAUAUGAAAAUAAAUUUACAAUUGUUGAAAACAUCAACGAUUUUAGAUACAUAAUUCAUAAAUUUAAGCAUAAUUAACAACUUACUAAUGAAGAAUGUUUGCAAAAUAAAUAAAUAAAAUAAAAUAAUGAAUAAAAAUAAACACACAUAAAUCAAUACACACACACACACACACAUGCAAUACAAACAAAUUACACACGAGUUACAAUUUUAAACGAAUAAAACAAUAUCGUACAACUAUAAAAUGGAUUAAUGGAAAGGUAUGUCUAGCAUUAUGUUUUGAUGUUUUGACAAACUAGAAUUAUAAUAUUCAUCAUAAUACAAUUAAUGGUCCAGUAACAACAUGAAAAAUGUGAAAAAAAUAAGUAUAGAUAUUAUAUAUAUAUGAUAAGUAUAAGAGAUUAAAAAAAAUAUAUACAUAAAAGAUAACAAAGAGACGAAGACUAAUGACUCUUCAAUUUAUUACAUUAAGUUUCCCAUUUUCAUGGUGAGUUUUCUUUUUUCAUCGUAGAAACAACAUUGGCUCCGACCAAUCAACAAUGUUUAACAAUAGAUACUUUUAUACGAGAAUGGUAGACAGCGUUUAAUCGCUGUACUUGACAUAUAUUUGCGGUUCAAGAACAAGCUACCACACAUCAAAUUCUAAUUGAGAGGAUCCAAUUUUGAUCAACCACCACUAUUUCCUGGGAGUGAAAAGGUACAAAAUUUAUUUUGUUACUUUCGCUGAAACAAAUUAUUUCAAAUUGAAUUCAUCUUUUUUUUUUGUGACGAUCCGGUUAUCGAAAAGCGAAUUGUUUUUCGGAACAUUUCGAUGAACAUAUUGAUCUGUAAAUUGAUUUGAACUAAGAAAGAGCUUAAAAAUUCUAGCGCAAAAAAUUGCCGCCGUCUUGAAUUUGAUCAUAAACCAAAUAUGAGUAACACUAUUUUUAAUUACGGCCUAUGGUACUCUAUUUAUUGAUGUGUACUUUCUUGAAAUGUUGACAGUUUUUCAAUAGUCAUCUGUUAUAUGUUUAUUCCAAUAAAGUAUGAUUGCAUUGUAUUGAAUUGCCCUGAUUUUCAUCAUUUUUGCCCGGGUUUUCAUCAUUGUUACAUGACUUCAAAUCUUAAUAUGCAGUUUAUAAAGUGCGUUCCAUAAAAUCCAUUUUAGAAAACUGCAUUCGUUUCAAAAUAACAUUUUUUAUUCAGCGAGAAUAACAAAAUAGAUUUAAUGACAAAAUGACCAGAGAAGAAAAUCAUAAGGAACAAUCUGAAUGCAUACAAGUUAUUAUAAUAUAAAUUACAAUUCGUUUGCAGUCUGUACUUUGAAUCCUUGAAACUAUGAAUUUCACUUCAUUUUUAUUUUACACUCGGUUCAAGCAAGGCGUAUCGCUGUCAUUUCAAGUGUUAAUUGUUCAAUAAAUUUAUUAUUUUUCAUUGACAAUUACUCUUGUCCAUUCAUUAUUUGAUAGCUGUAAUAGAUUCCCGAGCCAUACACUUUAUCACUUGUGCAAAAAAAUAAAAAUAAAAUAAAAUGAAUCAUUUUCUAAAUUAAGUACUAGAGAGAGAAAUUGAAUAACGCCUUUUUCGGAAAAGAAAAGAAAAAAAAAAUAUCGUGUGAGUGUUUGCGUGUGCGUGCGUGUUCUUAAUUUUUGUUUUCAUAAUCAGGGAUUCUCUGGAGCUAUCAGAAUAGUUGUUAUUUUAUUAAAAUGGUUAAACCAUUCAUAAACACAACUAUUUAAAUAGAUCUAUGAAAUUCUUGUUCAUAAAAAGUCCGUUUCAUAUACAUAGAGUCUUUGUCCAAAAAAAAUAUAUGUGUUUUAUGAAAAUGUGGUACAAUAUAGAACAUUGUGAAUACAACGAUGUUCACGCUUUAAUUGCAAUAAAUAUUAAUCUAUUAUGAAAACGAUUAAAUAAAAACAAAUAAACUCAACACUUACCUACCAUGGUCACAAUUCAUUCAAUAUAUGAAAUUGUGCAGGUCAAAUUCAUUUUGAUAAACAUACGUAUUCAAUCACAACGAUCAUAUUUUCUUUUUGUGUGAACACAGUGAUCAUUUUUUGUUUCUUUUCAAUUUGUCAGAAAAUCUCAAAUCAUCCAAUUGGAUUGAUACAUGGGUAGCUCUAAAAAUGUUCGAAAAAAUUUAAUGGACGUGUCUUGAACUGCUCUUUUAAUCUCGAAUAUUGUAUAAAUGGGUGUCAUAACCGUAUGAGCCAAGUGAAUUUUGGCUAAAAUGCCACGAUAAUACCACAAAUUACAUCAAUUGACUAGCAAUCAGACAUUUCACUGACUCAACCAUAUAAAGUGAAUAAAAUUAGCGUUACAAAAUGCCAGUAAUUGAGAAUAAAAUUGUAAACGAUAAAAUACAACAUAUUUAUUAUUUUAAUUGUAAUAGGUUGAUUCGGUGCGGCAAUUUGAUUAUAUACUUAUACUUCAAUUCAUCGAAAUUUUGAACGAUCGAAAAAUUCCAGCACACAUUUGUUAUGUUCACAAUCAGCAGCAAGAUUAUAUCGGUUAUUAUUUUUAUGAGUAAUACGAUUAUGCAAAAAAUUAACAAAAUUCAUUAAACAAUGGAACAAAAAAAAAACUUUUCUCCUGUUGAUUAAAAACUAUGUGCCACGAUCAAGCAAUUUUUUCAUGCAAACAAAAGGAAUUCAUCUGAAUUAGUAAGAUUUGGAAGAAUUUCCAAUCCACCUCUGACGAAUCGAAAAAUCUGGGUAUUAUUUGAUAAUAAUUUGUUCGGUUGCGAACAAAAUGGUGCAAUCUAUCUAUAUAUGCACACAUACAUUAUUCGAAAACAAAUUCAACUGGGAUUAUUGUGCAAAUAGAUGCGUAUACUAUUUUGUUCGAAGUCGAAUCAUCUGUAUGACUUGAAUAUAUGCCACAGAUUUUAAGAUUUCUUUUUUAUCAAGUGCUACAUGAUAAUCUGCAUUGUUUUUUUGUAGUUAACAUAAAUUAAUUCUAACAAAUUCCUACAAAAACAAGUGAAUAAUUAAGUUUCUAGAUUGUGCAGCUGGUGUAUUCUUUUUUGUAACCGUAUAUGCAAACAAAAAUAUAGUUAAACAUUCUUUAACGGUAGACAUAACGAAUUUAUUUUUGAGAGUAAUAUUUCUUAAAUGUGAAAGAAGAAAAAAAAACUAUAUGAAUUAAGUCAUGAAUUGUAUUGAUGAAAAAUCGAAAAUGAACAACAACAACAACAAAACACACACAAUGGCAAUAGUGUAUUGUAGUUUACACUGGUGUUUUUAUAAAAGGAACCAAUAUACGAAAAUGUAACGCUUUAGAUAAUAAAUGGUGUGUGCAAUAUUACUAUAGGUAGUAAGAGCUCUUGAAAGAAGUUAGUUCGUUUUACCGAAUAAAAGAAAGCAUUAAAACUUAGUAACAUGUUGUCACUUUAACAAGCGUAAUUUAUAAUAAAUAUUAUAUACAGCAAACUGAA